AUGUCGACUUCCCUCAUGCCUGCAGACUCUGUCGAGACCAAGGACUCCACGGCAAACCGACAGUCCCUCACGCCGACGGAUGAAAAGUCAACUUACAGUCAGGCCGACGUGGAAGCGUCCGUCGUCGAACAGGCCGCCGACGAGGAGGUUGUUUUACAUGAUGAGAGGGACAUCGUCACACACAUCAUCAGUGUCGAGGACGACCCAAGUCUCAAUCCAUGGACGGUACGGUCGAUGAUCAUAGGUCUGGGUCUUUCGGCGUUUGGAGGAGUGUUAGCCCAGAUUUACUACUUCAAACCGCAAACGAUUCUCGUCUCGCUGAUGUUCCUGGGCGUCAUCUCCUACGUCCUCGGGAUCUUUAUGGCGAGCUUCAUACCUCGCAAAGGUCUCUUCCGCUACCUCAACCCGGCAAGCCCCUUUCCCGAUCAGUUUACUUCUCAUUCUAACAUUUUUGUGGUGUUCUCUGCCAACUCUGCCCUUGCCACCGAGGUCCUCGCCGUGCAGCGUCUGUACUACAACAUCACGCCCAACGCGGAUGCCUCCAUCUUCCUUUUAUUUGCGAGCCAGCUUCUGGGAUAUGGUAUCAGUGGCUUGAUGCGAUCUAUCUUGCUCUACCCGUCAAAGAUGCUGUACCCUGGCGUUCUCCCACUCAUCUCCAUGUUCGAUGCGCUAUUCCAAGGAGGCAUUUCGGCACGAAAGAAGCUUCGCGUGUUCACAAUCGUAUUUUGGGUGAUCUUUAUCUGGGAACUGUUCCCUGAGUGGAUAUUCCCGCUCAUCACGGGCUUCUCGAUCAUCUGCCUGGCUGUACCCAACAACGCGGCAGUAUCGCGUCUGUUUGGGGGAAGUAACGGCAACGAGGGUCUCGGAGUGUUGUCGAUUUGCCUCGAUUGGCAGUACAUCUCUGGGGGCGUUAAUCCGAUGGUGAUCCCACUGAAGGCGCAGCUAUCGAAUUUUAUCGGGUACAUUCUCUGCCUAUCCGUCUUCUCUGGCGUGUACUACAUGAACAUCUGGAAAGCCCAAAACUUUCCUUUCCUUUCACAGCUCCUCUUCUAUGAAAACGGCACGCCAUACAACCAAACUCUUAUCCUCAACGCGAACUACGAGGUCGACCCCGCGCUCUUGGCGGAGCAAGGCCUCCCGUGGUACGCUGCGACAUGGGUCGUUGCGCUCAUCGCGACCAACCUGGGGCUCGGCGCGACGUUCACCCAUCUCCUACUGUUCAACUACAAGGAUAUGAGCCUGGCGUGGAGCUGGGCUAGCCCCACGAAUAUUCGCAAGUCGUUGGGCGCUGCCAUGUUUUGGAGGCCUAGAGAGGCGAAAGAGGAGAUGUCGAAGGAGGAGCUGGAGGCGCUGGAUCCACAUUAUCGAGAGAUGCUCAAGUAUCCGGAAGCCCCCAACAGCUGGUACUUGGCCAUUUUGAUAAUAUCGGUCAUUAUAUCAUUGGUAGUGAUCUACAAGUCUGACUCUACUCUGCCAUGGUGGUCCUAUGUGAUUUCUGUUUUGCUUGCGAGCGUCGCCAUCCUCUUCUUUGGUGCACUUUAUGCCAUCACUGGUCUUCAGUUUGUCAUUCAAGGGUUUGUCCAAAUGAUCGGAGGAUUCAUCAACCCCGGAAAGCCUAUGGCAAACAUGUAUUUUGUCUUGUUCAGCUACAAUUCCGUGCUGCAAUCCCAGCUGCUCCUCCGCGACUUGAAGAUAGCCCAAUACGCAAAGCUACCUCCCCGAGCCGCCUUCACAGCCCAAACUAUCGGCACACUGCUCGGCGCCGUGUUGAACUACAUUUUAAUGAACUCAAUCAUCGACAACCAACGUGACAUUCUGCUCUCCGUACAAGGCACCAACAUUUGGUCCGGCCAACAGGCUCAGCAGUACAACUCCCAGGCGAUCGCAUGGGGCGGGCUCAGCCACCAGCUAUUCGCAGUCGGGCAGCGCUACCAGUGGGUCGCAUGGUCGUACGUCAUAGGCUUGUUCGUACCCGUUCCGUUCUGGGUCGCGCAUAAGUUGUGGCCCCGGCUGAGGUCGGAUUACUUGUAUACUCCGGUCAUAUGCUACUACAUCGGAUACCUAUGCGUCGGCAUCAACUCGUCUAUCCUGUCAUAUUUCACUGUCGGGUUCCUGUCUCAGUGGUGGUUGCGUACUCGCCACCCGAAGUGGUUCAACAAAUACAACUAUAUCAUUGGUGCUGCUCUCGACGGUGGUACGCAGGUGAUGGUGUUCAUUCUCUCGUUCGCAGUCCAAGGUGCAGCGGGUGAAUCGUACCUGUUCAAGCAAUGGUGGGGCGCGAAUCAGCUUGGUAAUUACGAUUAUUGCAAGUCCUUAAACUGA